GGGAACGAUGGAGAAUUUCACCGCGCUGUUCGGAAGUCAGGCCGACCCGCCGCCGCCUCCCGCCGCGCUCGGCUUCGGAGCGGGGAAGCCGCCGCCCCCGCCGCCCCCUCCUCCGGGAGGGGGACCCGCCGCGGCCCCGCCACCCACCCAGGCCACGGCCCCUCCGGGCGCCGACAAGUCCGCGGCGGGCUGCGGGCCCUUCUACCUGAUGCGGGAGCUGCCAGGAAGCACAGAGCUGACUGGCAGCACCAAUCUGAUCACACACUACAGCCUGGAACAUUCCUAUAAUAAAUUCUGUGGAAAGACAGUGAACGAGAAGCUAAGCAACUUCCUGCCCGACCUCCCAGGGAUGAUUGAUCUGCCUGGCUCCCACGAUAACAGCAGCCUCCGCUCCCUCAUUGAGAAGCCCCCCAUUCUUGGUGGCUCUUUUAAUCCUAUCACAGGGACCAUGCUGGCUGGCUUCCGACUCCACACAGGUCCGUUGCCGGAGCAGUGUCGCCUGAUGCAUAUUCAACCUCCCAAAAAGAAGAAUAAGCACAAGCACAAGCAGAGCCGCACCCAGGAUCCUGUCCCUCCAGAAACACCAUCUGAUUCAGAUCACAAGAAGAAGAAAAAGAAAAAAGAAGAGGAUCCUGAACGGAAAAGAAAGAAGAAAGAGAAGAAGAAAAAGAAGAAUCGACACAGUCCAGACCACCCAGGGAUGGGCAGCUCUCAGGCCAGUAGCAGUAGCAGCCUCCGCUAACAAGAUCGGACUGUCCCAAGACUUUUCCUGCUGCACUGAACCUGCUGACAAGAACUGCUUUCCAAGCUCUUGGGCACGGCCUUCUUCAGAGUGUCUGUCCUCUGUGGCUGGGAUGAAAGCCAGCUCAUACUGUGCUCAGUUAAGAAGGGCCAGGCUGUUUAUAAGGUUCAGCCCAGUUGACUUUCUCACGGACAUCUGUUCCUCUCCCAGGAAACUUUCUAUUGAUCUCUUUUUGUGCAAUUUGUCUGAUUUAGGACUUUUUUUGCAUUUAUCAAACUGGCUGAAGUGUUACUGCCUGUUAAGAGGUAAGUGCCUUUCUAAGAGUUAGGGUUUAAGCCAAGGCAUGCUAAGAUCUGAAAAGGGAUUUGGGUCCUCUUCACAUCAAUAGGCAAGAAAACCUACCCAGAUGAGAUUAGAAAACAUGGUCCAAAAGGCAGGGCCUGCUAAUACCUAUCCACCCAAAACACAUUAGCACAGACCAUGAUAUAAAACCAAGCACCUGGGUGAUUUUUUAGGCACCCUAUGAAGAGUUGAUCCAGUCAGAGCUCAGCUGUUUUAGGUUACUUAGGUGUUGAAACAGAAGUACCUACAAUCACAUUUCAACAAGGUUGCUUCUUGGUCAAGCCUAUGUUUGUUUUUUUUUAAAAUAAACUCUGGCAAGCAAAGAUAAA